CGGCUUCAUCGUAUCUCAUCACUCGUUCUUUUCCCCAGCUUCGUGCCAAUGUAGCCAAGUCUCCUUGGUCUUUGAGGCAGUCAAUUCCGGUCUGCACUUGUAAUAAACAGCUGUAUCCAUGUCUCCCCGUCUUAUGACCACGUUUUAAAGAGUUUGACACCUGUUCCUCCAUCGGUGACACGAACAUGGUGAUCUCGCUCUGGUGUUUAGUCGAGUUGUGCACUUCCCCACGGAACAAGCCACGCUAGCAAGCUCCGGGUCUGUGUAACGUGCGAUCCAAACCUUGGAUGACUCCAACGCCAAUCUAGUGGCGCACGCCUCACCUUCAAAGCAAGAUCCGGAUUUCGCACGAUGGUCCACCUCCACAACCAUCACCAUGGCAUCUACACCGCCCGCGAAAGCUCCCCUCUCUGCGAAGACCAUACGACGGAUUGAAGAGAACCGGCUGAAGGCGAAAGCUAUUCGCGAUGCAAAACAGCGUGGCGAGAACGUCGGUACAGCUACAGUCGCCGCGACAGAAUCCGCGCCUCAGGGCAAUGACAAGAAACGCCCGCACUCCGCCGUUUCCGCGACUUCACGAAAGGGUGGCGAAGGCCGCGAGACCCUCCGUCCAAUGAAGAAAUUCACGAAAUUCGUCGAGUAUGAUCUGUCAAAAAUGACGGAUACGAAGGGCGGGUUUAUGAGCACGGAUGACGACCCGCACUCUGUUCUCUCUGCCGAGAAUCUGAGCGACAAGCCGCCGGGAAUGACGCUGGAGGAGUGGGCGAGGCAUCAGAAGCGGAAGAAGCUGUUGAAAGAGAAGCAGGGCGCGUUUGCGCCGGCGAUCUCGGCGUUGGAUGAACCGGAUGAGAAUAAGGCUUGCUGGGAGUGUAAAGCUCCGGAGAUUGAUUGGAAGUGGAAGGAAACGUUUGGGUGUCGUGUCUGUGAGAAGUGCAAGAAGGACAAUCCGGAGAAGUACUCCCUUCUGACGAAGACGGAGGCGAGGGAGGAUUACAUGUUGACUGAUCCUGAACUGAGAGAUCAGGAGGUCAUGCCCCAUCUCGAAGAGCCAAACCCUCACAAAUCGACAUGGAGCAACAUGAUGCUAUACCUCAAGUACCAGGUCGAGGAGUUCGCCUUGAAGAAGUGGGGUAGUUUCGAAGCCAUGGAUGCCGAAUUCGAGAAGAGAACGGCGGAUAAGAAGAAGAGGGGCGAGAAGAAGUUCAUGACGAAAUUACGAGAGCUGAAGAAACGUACACGGGUCGAAACUUGGAAGCGUGAUAGGCAACAUGGAGGCAGGGCAGCGAAGCACGAGCAUGUUUGGGGUGCCGCCGUGGUGAAGGAAGACACUGGGGAAACGGUCAAGACUUGUGAGGAUUGCGGGUUCGAGCUUGAGGAGUGGGUGAUUUAAGCUUUUGCCUUUAGACUCGCCAAGAGAACGUUGUCCCUUGUGUUUCAUGGCGUUUACUAGUAGAAGAGUGUAUUAUAGAACUAGAAGCCUGGCAUCAUAAUGAGAAGAAUCGAAGGUCCUGCAUUUUGCCG